AUGACCGAUACGACAAUGCCCCCUCACCCUGGCCUUGAAAAGCUAACCAACAUUGACGAGCUUAAGCACCUUUGUCCUGCCUUUUCCAAGGGUUGUCCUUAUGCUGCACUUGAAGAAGUAGACUCACUUGCUGUAAGUCAUGGUGAAUUAUCUCGAUGCCCUGCUUUUAAAGAUGGAUGUCCUUUCUCUACCAAGUCUGAACAAGAAAUCAUGGAUUUAAUGGCACAGAUUCCAAAAGAUCACCCCACAUUAAACAUGUCAGAACUUCCUUCUUGUGAAGAGGGCGUUGUGCUUGUCGAGAUGUUGAAUCGUUUCCUUGACAAGUCUCAAUUAGAAACUCUUUUUGAUAUCAAGCAAGAAGAAGAAGCUCAAGCUGAACCUGAGCCUGAAUACCUUGAAGAUCCUCAAUUGGCUUCUGCUAUGCGUGAAGGUACCAAAGUAGUGCACAGAGCAGCUGAGACUAGUGUCUUUACAAGACGCUUUCUCAAGGGUGAUAUUAAUGCUAAUGAAUAUGGUCGUUAUAUCAAUUCACUUUAUUUUGUCUACAAAUAUAUGGAAGAAUUGCUUGAACAAUACAAACAACAUCCUGUUGUCAAGAUCAUUCAUUUCCCCUUUGAACUCAACAGAAAAGAAUCUCUUGAACAAGAUCUUGCUUAUUUCUAUGGUCUUGACCGUGUAGAAGAACUCACUCAACCUAAUACCAUGACACCUGCUGUCAAGAAAUACGUUCAGUCCAUGAAAGACGCUUGUGCUAAAAACCCUGCUCUUUUGAUUGCCCAUAGUUAUUCUCGCUAUUUAGGCGAUUUGAGUGGUGGUCAAAUCUUGGCUAAACGACUCAAGAAGCAUGUGUUUGGAUUGGAUGAAAACGACAGUAGUUGGGAUACAAUUGAAGGUUUACGUUUCUAUCAUUUUGAAAACUUGGGCAACCAAGCUGAUUUCAAGAACUUUUAUCGUGAACGUUUGAAUGCUGCCAAAGUGGAUCAACAGACGCGUGAUUUGAUUGUAGCUGAAGCUGUUCAGUCGUUUGAAUUAAAUAUUGAUUUGUUUGAUGAAGUACAAGCACUUUCUGAAGCUGAUAUGCUUGUGCCUACUGUUAUUCAACAAGAAGAGGAAGAGCUUGUGGAUUUGAAAGAAGAAGUCAUUGAAGUAGAAACGACGACUACUUACACUGAUAGAGCGAUUGAAUCCAUUGACCAUCAUCAUGAACCUAAAAAGACACAUUGGCUUCGCAUCUUGACCAUGAGUAUGGCUGCUCUUGCUGUUAGUGUAGCUGUUUAUAACAGAUACAAGAAAUAG